AUGCUGCUUCAAGUUGAGCGAGAGUUUCAGCAACAGGGGCUGAAAUACUUGCAUUGCGCCAUGCUGACAUUUGACGAGCGCCGUCGAGACCAGGGUGUUGCUGAGGACGUUGUGAAGUUGUUCAUUGGCAACGGCAUCUUGCCUCUGCGGCGGAACCAUGAGGCUGAAACCAAUGAUGGCUCCUAUGCCUACUGCGGCAAGAACUGGUGCAUGAACUUGGGCGAUGUGCCUGCCAUUCCAACAGCAUUUGAGACGUCGCAUUCCCGCCGGUUUCGAGGCGUCUUCAUGCGAGCCAGCAUGACAACGCAGGUGGAGUCUGUGGAUGUAGCCUGCAAGAAGUUUGGCCGACGAAGACGCAAAGGGCUUCAUGUCUUCAAGCAAGACUUCUUGUUCAAGUACAUGCGGCAGAGUGGCCCACGCCAGUGGUACAGGGUUCUCCACUACGUCAAGCCGGGUUCGCAGACGGAGAAGGACACUGUUUGGCUCUUGCAGAAGUUGGCCCACCUGGUGAUGCUCCAGCGCCUCUUGGGGCCGGCCUGGUCAAGCACAGAAGCCGUGCAGAGUUCCUACAGGAUGCAAUUGCGGAGUUUUCCUAUCUGCUACGGCGGGCCCCAGAAGAUCGCAGAGGCAGUGUCUGACUGCGACAUGGCAGGCGUCUUCGGCACCUGGAUAGAUUGGACUUGGCCUUCGGAGUCCACCGGGGAGCAUGUGGGGGACAAGGUGAAUGAGCGCGAGGAGCAUGGUUUUGCAGAUGGCCCGCACUGGGACUUCAUGUUCCGAGCGGAUGUGGUGGCAGAGUACAUGCGGCAUAUUUCCAGCCAUGUUGAGAGAGAUGAGUAUUGCAUGUUCAUGCGCCACCGUGGAGUGCAGAAAGUUGUGGCUGGGCAGCCCUUAGGCCGUUACUACUUCCCAGCACUUAGCCCUCCAAAUUUGUCUAGAGCUGCUCGCGCUGCCUUGUUCCCAGCUGGGAGCUAUGAGUUUGACCAGCCCACAGCAGUUGUGCACUUCAUGAUUGAAAGAGCUGAAGAGUUGGGUGUUUGCGCUUGCCUGCUUGAGAAGUACAAGACGCACGAGGCACAGCGGCGUGAGGCCAUCCAGCGGUACUUUGACUUGCCCAGCCUUGCAGAUGCCAAAGCACUUCUUCACAAGGCUACGUUUGGGUUUGUGCACUCUCUCGAUGGCAAGGAUGCCUUGGGAGUGUUGCCAAUCCUAGAAGGUCUUGCGAAUGAAAGCUUCAAACUUCGAAGGAUGAGACUUUGGCUGCCAGCUUCGGGUGUGGAGACGGACCGCUUAGCUUCAGACAGUGCAUGGAACUACACCCAGACGCCUGGAGCCUUCAGCGUUGCUUCUGGUGAUGGCAGCCACUACAUCGUGCACGAGAACCGGCCAGGGCGGGAGGUGGGCCAUGCCAUCGGCGUGCUCUGUUACGCUGGCAAGUGCAGGGUGCACGGCGACUCCGUUGUGCAGGCAGUGGAAAUUGACGCCGCCACUUUCUCACGCCGGGACUUGCGCCUUUGGAGCCGCUCCCCGCGCCGCUCCAUGGGAGCCCGGCGCGACGAGAGGCGCGCAAAAGACCAAGAGAUGACGGAGAAGUUUAGUCAGUCGCACCGCCGCGUGUAUUCAAAGUGCAAAAAAGGUGAGGCGGUGGCCUUUGGCAGCAACUCUCAUGGCCAGUGCGAGGUUCCAAAGCUUCCUCGGGGCCUGGCAUACCUUGCCGCCGCUGCCGGCAGCCGUCACACGCUGCUGCUGCGCAGCGACGGCCAGGCGCUGGGCUUCGGGGCGGAUGAGCACGGCCAGUGCCAGGUGCCGGCUUUGGGCCCGGGCCUGCGGUACCUGCGCGCGGCCUGCGGCACCUGGCACACGGUGCUUCUGCGCAGCGACGGGGAGGCUGUGGCCUUCGGCCGUACCUUGGAGGGCCAGUGCCGCGUGGACGCUCCGAAGGCGCCUGCGGAGCGGAGAGAGGACCUGGGCCCGGGCUCGCCAAAUUGCACGCCUUCCGGGCGCUUGCCGUCCUCCAAAAGACGGACGCCGUCCCCGAAACCAAGCGGGGUGAGGCUUUGCAAGUACGUAGCGGUGGCGGCCGGAUCCUUCCACACCGUGCUAGUCAGGAGUGAUGGAGUUGCACAAAUCGCGGGAUCGGCGCACCGCUGCUGCAUACCGCCUUUGCCUACCGGCUGCAGAUAUCUGGAGGCUGCCUGCAGCCAGGAGCACACGCUGCUUCUGCGUAGCGACGGGGCAGUGCUAGCGCUGGGCGACGACUACGCGGCGAGGUGUCAGAUCCCGGCCUUGCCUGGUGGUUUGCAGUACGUGGCCUGCGCCGCGGGAGCCCACCACUCGGUGCUCGUGCGCAGUGACGGGCGCGCGCUAGCCGUGGGCCACGGGGACAACGAUGGGCGCUGCCGCGUGCCGAAGAACCUGGGCUGCGUCGUGGGCUGCGCAGCCGGGCUGCGGCACACGGCCUUAAGGCUGGCGGACGGCUCGGUGGUGGCCUUUGGGUGCAAAGAGCUGCCGCCGGGGCAGCCGGGGCGCUUCGGGCCCUGCGAUGUGCCAACCCUGCCGGAGGGCCUGGUCUAUAGCCACCCGAUGAUGGCGGAGAUGGCGCCUGCGGCGCCGUUGAAAGCGAAAUUGAAGCGGGAGGAUGAAGACCGUCCACCCGGAAGUGAUGCAUCUGAUGCGCGCCCGUCCAUGUUUGUAUUGGGCGAGGCUGGCCUGCAGGAAACUGCCGCGGCAACACGCCGAGCGGUGCACGGGCGGCCAUUUGCUGUGCAGAAAACUGUUCGGCGCUCCUCGUCCGUGGUGCGGAUACAGCGAGGAAUCGUGACGCAGGCGGUGCCCCUUUCCAUGGCGCGCCUGGAGCAGCUGCUGGAGGCGGAGAUCACCACUCUGGCCCUGCGCACGCCGCGGGCCCUCACCAUGCAGACUCUGCUGGAGGUGGCCAACCACUCCAACGCGGAGGAACUUGCGCAGCUCCUGCACGAGGAGUUGCCGGUUCACUUCGCGCAGCGUAUCAAGAUGCUGGAGGCUCUGCCGGACUGGCGAUGCAAGCCCUCCAUCUCCAGCGUGCGACAGAUGUACCUGACGUCCUUCAAGGAGCUGCGAUUGGCGGACCCGGACCGCCCCGCGCAGUUCACCGCGCAGAUUUGCGCCAUCAAGGAGCGCCAUGCUCAAACCAAUCUUCUCGUCGGUGGCUUCAAGCAGUAUGCAGAGGUGUCUGGACUGCCCGUGCCCGAGAUCAAUGACUGGUUGGACAAGUUUUUCACGCUGCGGCUUUCAACACAAAUGUUGAUGUCGCACUACCUGCAGGUGGGUGCCCAUUUUGACUGGCUGGAGAACCCCUACAGGAGCUCCAUUGACCCGGAGUGCAACGUUUCAAGGAUAGCUGAGCAUGCGGCAUCCAUUGUGACCAGGAUGUCUCUGCUAAGGUAUGGCAUCGCGCCUGCCAUAGAGGUCCGGGAUCACGGCUCCGAGGCCAUCCCAUUUAUCCCCAAAUAUCUUCUGUACAUCGUCUCCGAGCUGCUGAAAAACGCCGUGCGAGCUACAGUUGAGUCGCACACAGACAAGGCCCUGCCUCCCGUGCACGUGGCAGUCAGCGGCGACGAGCUCGGCUGCUGCUGUCGCAUCUCAGACGAGGGUGGCGGCAUUCCUCAAGCGGAGCUGCCGAAAGUGUGGUCAUACUUGUACACAACCGCGGAGCCCAUAGAGACGACCACGUCCAGGAAAGCUGUGGACGCCCCGGUGGACCCACGGCUGCUUGAGCAGGCCAUCUGCGAGGCCGGCCACGCUGAUCCAAUGGAUAGGUGCGGUUCGCCCAUUGCCGGCCUGGGAUGUGGGCUGCCGCUGAGCCGGCUGUAUGCCAAGCAUUUCGGGGGCUCGGUGGAGUUGCAGUCGAUGCCGCGCUUCGGUACGGAUGCGUACGUGUACAUCAACCGUCUGACGGAGAACGUGGGUCCUCAGUUUUAA